CGCUUCCCUUCGUCCCUCAAGCUCAAAAUCCCGGUCAACGCGAGUCGAUAGCACCAAUGGCUCCCUCGAAAAAGUCCAAGGCUACCAAGUCCACCGAGUCCAUCUCGUCCCGUCUCGCCCUCGUCGUCAAGUCGGGCAAAUACUCCCUGGGCUACAAGUCCGCUCUCAAGCAGAUGCGCAAUGGCAAAGCCAAGCUCGUCUUGAUCGCUGGCAACUGCCCACCGCUGCGUAAAUCCGAGCUCGAGUACUAUGCCAUGCUUUCGAAAACGACCGUGCACCACUUCGCCGGCACUAAUGUUGCCCUCGGCACUGCUGCCGGCAAGUUGUUCCGCGUUGGUGUCAUGACCGUCUCUGACCCCGGUGACUCUGAUCUCUUGACCUUUGCCGAGGGCGUCGCUGCUUGAGGCAUUGGUUGAGAUUCUUGAUGCACUGUACGGUUCAUCUACCCCUUACUACACACCUAGGCAUCUACUAUGUUAUGUGAUUCGCAGUGUAGCUCACCUACACAAAAAUGAAUUCAACCCUCGGAGUUCACCCCUGUACUCACACAUUGUAUUAUAUGAUAUGAUUGAUUAAUCAUCA